AUGGAUGCUACCGUAGAUGCAAUGAAGAGUUAUGGUUUCUCCAAUGGGUUGAUUGUUUCAACUGUUAGAGGGCUCUUGGUGGAAGGUUGGCCCUUUACUGAAGGGAGUUCAGACAAGGUCUUGCUUGAGGCAAUUCUCGAGGAGGUUGAAAAGGAGGAACAUGAGAAGUGCUAUGGGAUGAGACUAGUAUCUUCCAUCCUACCUGAUGGAUCAUUAUACGAUUAUAAUACCAUUGAGGUUCCUAAUUCCCUGAAAAAGCAAAUUAUUGACGGCAAGAAAAUGACUAUGGUGCAUUUUGAUGGUGUUCAACAACUUGGCAACACUAGCCACCCUACUCAACCACCGUACCGUGUACCACCCCGUAGGCACAGGCCUUACUAUGGAUGGAUUAGUAGCCAUGAUGAUGAGGAGAAUCUCAUGGAACUGAAACCGGCUCCAUUACCAACAGGGUUGGCAAAGUUGUUUUCUGGAACUGAUGUUGAGGAUAUGAAAGAGAAUAUGGGAUGUAAGGCCUGA